UGAGAAGUUUUAAUAGUGUGCUAAAGAACCUCAACGGUGGUCAUUGUGUCGGUGCAUUUGUGAUUGUCGAUAUUUAAAUUCUGUGCAGACUUUUUGGACCCUUUACGUGUACAGAAUUUUAAAUCAAAUUCUUGAGGUGGGGUUUGAAGUGUCAUUCAAGUCUGAAAAAGUUCAGACAUUCAAUUGAUCAGGAUAUGUGUGCUGGUGGUUUAUUGUGAUUUUGGUGAUUUUAAUGAUACGUUAACAACGACAAAAUGUCGACGGAUAUCUGUCGAUGGUUGUUCCUCCUGUUUUUUCUAACAACAUGGACCAAAUAUUCAAAUUCAAAGGAGAUCCGCGUGGUCUGUUACUACACGAACUGGUCAGUUUACAGGCCCGGAACAGCAAAAUUUAGCCCACAAAAUAUCAACCCCUAUUUAUGCACACAUCUCAUUUAUGCAUUCGGGGGUUUUACCAAAGAAAAUACGCUCAAGCCGUUCGAUAAAUACCAAGAUAUCGAAAAAGGUGGUUAUGCAAAAUUCACCGGAUUGAAGACAUACAACAAGAACUUAAAGACAAUGCUAGCCAUUGGUGGCUGGAACGAAGGUUCUUCCAGAUUUUCUCCAAUGGUGGCAAACCCUGAAAGGCGAAAAGAACUGAUCAAAAACGCCAUCAAGUUUUUGAGACAAAAUCACUUCGAUGGUCUUGAUCUGGACUGGGAAUAUCCGAGCUUCCGAGAUGGGGGAAAAUCAAGAGAUAAAGACAACUACGCCCAAUUAGUCCAGGAACUUCGGGAAGAAUUUGACCGAGAAUCGGAAAAAACAGGAAGACCGAGAUUACUUCUGACAAUGGCAGUUCCUGCAGGAAUUGAGUACAUUAACAAAGGAUACGAUGUACCCAAACUCACCAAGUACCUCGAUUGGAUGAAUAUUUUGAGUUACGAUUACCACUCUGCCUUCGAACCGGCUGUUAACCACCAUGCCCCACUUUACCCACUUGAAGAACCCUCUGAAUAUAAUUACGAUACGGAACUUAACAUUGACUACACGAUUCAACACUACUUGAAAAAAGGAGCCGAUCCUAGCAAACUUGUCCUAGGAAUACCAACUUACGGCCGCUCUUACACUUUAUUUAACCCAGAUGCCAACGAAAUUGGAGCACCAGCUGAUGGGCCUGGAGAUAUGGGUGAAGCAACAAGAGAAAAUGGUUAUUUGGCCUACUACGAGGUCUGCGAGUACAUUAAAACCCAGAACUGGGAAGUAGUCCAACCAAAUCCAGACGCCAUGGGUCCGUACGCCUUCAAGGACAACCAAUGGGUGGGAUAUGACGAUGAUAAAAUUGCAAGGAAAAAAGCCGAAUAUGUGGCAGAGAAAGGCCUUGGUGGGAUAAUGUUUUGGUCGAUUGAUAACGACGAUUUUAGGGGAAAUUGCCACGGGAAACCUUACCCUAUUAUCGAAGCAGCAAAAGAAGCGUUAAUUUCAGCCUAUGGAUUGACAGACGAGAAUUUGGUUUCACCCCCAACCAAGCCAAUCAAAACAAAAACGAGAAACAGGACCCAAUCUUCAUCCAAAUCAACUGACGAAAAUAGCGAAAAAAAGAAAAGUACAAGUUCUAUUGUGUCCAGAAGACGCAACAGAAUUAAAACCAAAUCGGAAGAACUUUCAAACAGCCAAUCAAAAUCCCACAGGAAGGAAAGCCGAAGAACAACAGAAGGGCCAGUUUACAGUAGUUUAGAAUUAGUUACACCCAGUUAUACAACACCUGCCCCACCCUCAACGCCAGAUCUGGGCGGAGGUUUCAAAUGUGAAGAUGAAGGUUUCUACCCACACCCUAAAGACUGUAAAAAGUAUUACUGGUGUCUCAGCGGGCCUGGAGAGCUUGGAAUCGUUGCCCAUUUGUUUACCUGUCCAGCAGGUCUGUAUUUCAACAAAGCGGCUGAUUCUUGUGAUUACACUCGCAAUGUUCUGUGCAAUAAAAAACUAUCAAAGGCCACAACGACCACAACUACAACAACCACAACAGAGGCCAGUACUUUGAAAACAUCAACCGCAAGAGUACCACCUAAAAUUACAGCGGCCACAAGUCGAACUACAGUUUUUCGGACUUCGACCACAACUGAAGCUUACGAUGACGAGUAUGAAUAUGAAGACGAUGUUGAAGAGAAUAAAAAUUCGGAAGAAGAUCCUAAGGUUAUUAAGGAAUUGCUCGAUCUUAUCAAGAAAGCUGGAGGAAUUGAAGAACUUGAAAAACAGUUGAAAAUUCAUGAAGAUGGCAGUGCUUCCGUUUCAAACUCUGACACAACUACUCCUUCGUCUAUUAGCAAGUCACUGGUGGAAAGGGUUUUAGGCAAAGGAGCCAAAGUUGGUGGAAAAAAGAAUUCUUAUAGUUUCCUCACCCGCAACAGUCGAGGCCCUCAAAACGAGGGUUUGAACACACAUGAAGAUAAAGAAACGACACAAGAUAAAGGAAGACCAAAAUACACAACAAUCACAAGACAAAGAUCAACAAAUAACAAAAAUGAAGACGAAGAAGAGGAAUCCUCAGACGAAGCAUCCAAAUCUACGAAAAAACAACCAGAAUAUGUCAACAUUAGGCGAGCCCGAGUUAGUACUACUACAGAAGAACCGGAAGAAAAUUCAAAGAGUCAACUAAACCGAAAUAAAAUUUUGGGAGAAGAGGACGAAACAGAAGAUGAACAACCAAGUCGUAAGAAAACAUCAGGGCCACAAUAUGUUAACAUACGGAGGCAAAGGCCAUCAACAACUGAAGAAACUUCAACUUCAAAAUAUACUGUUAUAAGAAGAGGGACAACAACUGAACCCGCUGAACCAGAAGAAGACGAAACCACUAAAAGCAAUGUUGUUUCAACAUCCACCGAAAAAAUUGAUUUAAAAUCAAGGUAUAGCAUUCUUAGGCGAGGAUCAACGACUGAAGCAACUACAACUGAGAGUGGUUCAAUCUCUUCAACCUCUUCACCAAAGAGAAGAGGAACAACACUGCCAAGUGUUCCAGAACGGAAAAGAACGAGAGGUACUUUAGCUCCAGGGACUACGCCAUCGUCAGAAGAUACGACAACAACAAGAUAUAAGAGUAUUAAGCGAGGUUCAACAAGCGAAGCACCCACAACAGACAAGACAUUACCCGAAGAUUCAACUCUAAAGUACUCCACCUUCACCCGCACACCUGCAUCCACCCAGGCCGCCCCAGCAGCCACCGAACCCGAAACCGCCGUAACUGUUAACGUUCAAUUACUAACAACCCCCGAAAGUUUAACUGUAAAAACAACUAGUCUUAGUUCCACAAAACAGUCGGAACAAUCAAACAUUGAAAGUAUCGGUGAAAGAGUCUAUCAGACACAGACUCCCUUACUUUUAGAACCUCGCCCAUUUUCAAAAACUAGUACUCGAAGUCCAACACCGGUAGUAACCGAAUCAUCCACACGAAUCACAAAGGUGAGUGACUCAAAUUAUAACCUCCGACUAAAGCCGAAACUGUCGCAAACGCAAACCGAAAUUAUUAGCACCACUACUCUCACCACCGAAAAACCAACACCGUUUAGAACUAGAGCACCGUCUAGAUUUAAGUUAACCACAGCGAGUUACGACCAACAAGCCACAAAGCAAGCAAAUCGGGCCAGGAAACGCUUUUCCACAACGACCGAAUUGUAUUCGGACAACUACGAGGAGUUUGAUUUGAGUCGAACGUACAGACCGUCAGAAAUUGCAGAUUUGUCGUCACUGACAGCUGUUGAUUUCGUAGCUUUGAAGGAGCUCACCAGAAACAGCAAUUCUCUAAGACAGAGAAGGCCUAGACCUGAAAGUACCACUCCCAGAACGUCAUCUUUUAAAAGCAGACGAUUGAUUUCGAACAAAAAUGAGCAAAAUGUGGAAGAUCAAGUAAAUUCAAGCUCUGAUAAAACACACAGAAUUCGAGGUUUCACAAGAUCACCUCCUGUUGUCAGUACAACAACUGAAGGAACAACAAGACAUAGUUUAAGGAACAGGAAAGUCGUCCGUCGUUUAAGACCCACGUCAAGUUCCAAACUAUUAUCGCAAAAUUCAGACAACAAGGAAAACGUUGUCCCUUUCAAAAAACGUUUGGUUCGACCAAACACAGAAACAGAAAACUUGAUCGAAAACUCCUCGUUAAAUUCACUCUUCAACAGGCGUUUAACUCGCCCCACUGAAGCCCCAAACGAGGAACAAAGCGACGAUGUCAGCGCUGAAGAAGGGGAAAACAUUAAACUAUCCGAAUCAAAUAUCAGAGAAAACAGCAAUGUUAAUAACAACAACAACAACAUUCUCUCGCCUGACGAUGGCCAGAAAGUUAGACGCAAAGUUUUAAAACGCAUCAAACCCAAAGUAGACGACGAGAAAAUUGUCACAGAACCGAACAUUGUCAUCAGAACACGAAAAAUUGUCAGAAAGUUAACACCAACCGAAUCUACAAUUACUUCGACCACUGAGACAACAGUACCAGGCCGUAAACGAAAAAUUAUUCGGCGUUUGAGACCUACAACCGAGUUGAAGGAAAAUAGUACGCAGAAAACGUUGUACAUUAGGGGAAGACCCUUUUUGGCACAUUUCAACAACGAAGAAUCUGGAGUUGAUGCAAGUACCAUUAAACCAGACUCUUCUAAAUAUAGUACUCCUAACAGAGGAACGACUGAAGAAUCAGAAGUUACGGAACAAUUUAUAGCAAAUUCUGAAAAUACUGAUAGUUACAAAGGAACAACUGAAGAAGCAGAAGCUAAGAAACAAUUGAUAUCAAAUUCUGAAAACUCUUCUCAAAGAACUACUGAUAGUUACAAAGGAACAACUGAAGAAGCAGAUAGUUCUACUGAACGAACUAUUGAUAGAUCUAAAUACAGUACUCUUAACAGAGGAACAAUAGACUCUACAAGAGAGGAAAGUUUUGAUAAAGAGAUAAUAACUACAGACAGAGGUCCAUCAAGGUUUAGAAGUACUACUGAAGGAACUAUUGAUAGAACUAAAUACAGUACUCUUAACAAAGGAACAACUGAAGAACCAGAAGUUCGGGAACACUUUAUAUCAAAUUCUGACACUUCUACUGAAAGAACUAUUGAUAGAUCUAAAUACAGUACUCUUAACAGAGGAACAACAGAGUCUACAAAAGAGGAAAAAAUUGAUGAAGAAACUAUAACUACAAACAGGGGACCAUCAAGGUUUAGAAAUUCUAACACUUCUACUGAAGGAACUAUUGAUAGAUCUAAAUAUAGUACUCUUAACAGAGGAACAACUGAAGAAGCAGAAGUUAAGGAACAACAUAUAUCAAGUUCUGAUGCUUCUACUGAAGGAACUAUUGAUAGAUCUAAAUACAGUACUCUUAACAGAGGAACAACUGAAGAAGCAGAAGUUAAGGAACAACAUAUAUCAAAUUCUGAUGCUUCUACUGAAGGAACCAUUGAUAGAUCUAAAUACAGUACUCUUAACAGAGGAACAACAGAGUCGGCAAAAGAGGAAAAAAUUGAUGAAGAGAUAAUAAGUACAAACAGAGGUCCAUCAAGGUUUAGAAUUUAUCGACCAACUGUUUUCCAUGAUGAUGACGAAGAAGAGGAAGAAGACGAUUCGUUGAAAACUCGAAUUGUGGAACCUUUAUUCACCGAAGAAAUAACAGAAAGUAACAAGUUAUCUAAUAACGCAACUAACAAAACUGACGAUUUGAAUAAAGAAGAAGCAGAUGAGGAAAAUAGUACAAUAGAAACUAAUGAGGAAAAUAGUACCGAAGAGCAUAAGGAUGAGGAAGAUAAUGAAGAUAUACCUGUGACAACUGUCAAACCUUACAUCAACCCAAUUCUCAACAGACAGAAAAAUAGACCCGCCUUUCAAAGACCUAAACUAACAACACAAAAGCCUUUGUCGUCUAGUACAACCAGUAGAAAUAGAUACAAGACCUUCGGUAGAUCGACAACAGCUCCUAGUAAAGAAACGAAUGAGGAAAUAACACAAGAAAAAUUCGUACCGAAAAAUUUGGAUCGAAACCGAAAAGUCUCAACUUCUACCACAACCACUGAAGUUGCUCCAGAAAUUGAACAGACAACAGACAGCGUUCAAAUAAAUGAUACGGAAAGUGAUAAGACAACUUUAGAGAGCAUUGAAGUUACCACAUUGAAAGAAACAGAGGAAGUGGUUAAUGCUACGACUGAAAGUCGGACAAUUUUGGUUGAAACAACUACGUUAAGAACUACUGAAACUACUCCAAGUCAUCUUCCCAGAAGUACUUCCAGAACCAGACCAAAAUUUAACGUCCCAAAAAGACUAACAACACCCGAAAGUAGAUUUAGCCCAAAACUUCGAACUCAAAGUACGACCCCCAAAGCACCAACUUCUCUACUAAAGGAUAAAUUUACUCGCAAAUACACUACGACUGAACGAAAUGAUUUCGUUGAGGAAGAAGACAUUCCAGAGGAAGACGAAGUCGAAAAUCAAUCUUCCACACAAAGAACAACACGACCUAAAGCUAGACCAAGUAACAGACCAGACUUCAGGAAGUCAACAGAAGCUCCAAAACCAACCGAAGACUUGAAAGGAAUUGACACUGACGCCGUCAAAAACCGGAACAAAAAUCUCUUCUCGAAAAAACGCAAAAUGAACACACCUUUCGCAGGCCAUCCCCUAAACCAGUCAAUUUUAACCACAACUCCGACCAUUUCCGAAUCGGUCACAAAACCAUCAACGGAACCGUUCGAAACCACUGAAUACCUCACAACUUUGCACCACAUUUUUGCCGAAACUGAACGUGUCACUGAAAAUAGUUUGCCAACAACCACGAGUUCCAAAAUUGAGAAAUUGAUCGAAGUGAACCGAAUUGUGGAAGUGCACGAAAUGAACAACACGGAAGAGAGGGACAAUAAAGUGGUUGAUAAAGUUGGUGUUAUCAAUCGGGUGACGGUGGUUAAGGUUGUUGACGGUAAUUUUAACCCGGAAGAUAACGAAAUUACGAAAUCGCCAAAGUUGGAUGAUUUUGAAAUUGCAACUGUUCGGGAAAUACCUAAUCGGGAAGAUCGCAGAUACGAACAAGUUGCCGAAAGUGCUGAAAUAAUAGACGGGCGUUCAAACAUCAAUAUUAUCACUCCGAGACCGUAUUAUAGCACUGAAGCUUCGACCAUUUCGCUGGAAGGGUUGUUCCAAACCGACACCCCCCAAAAAUUAUCCGACAAAUUUAACUUAAAUCAACUGAAACAAGGUACAAAUGAUGAGGAGCUGCUGGAGACCGGAAAUUCGCGUUAUGUCAAUGUGCGGGUUCUUAAGGAGGACGAUUACAUCACGAUGAAGGCGGAAGUGGUCGAAGUCACUCCCAAAAUAAGCAAAGACAUAAAAAUUGUGCCAAUUCAAGUGGAAAUGUCGCGAAAAUUAAUCGCUCCGUCUGAUUUUGUGACGAAAGUGGAGCAAGGCGUGCCUAAAGUCACUUUACAAAUUCUCAAACCGCAAAAUUAGUUAAUUAUUAUUGUAACAAUUAUAGUAUUAUUACGAUGUUAUGUAUGUAAAUAUGAGUUGUUGUAUUUUAAUUUAAACUGUGUGUGAAUAAAUCGUUGUAAAUAAUAACGCACUUUGUAAGAUAACGCACUGUUCUUUAAUCCUCCUUUCUCUCGUGCCAUAACAUUGGUUGAUUUCCUUAGUGUUUGUAUGGCCAGUGAGUCCUUUCUUAUUGUAAUUAUUAAUGGACGUUUAAAUAUACCAUAUUAAUUAUUA